AUGCAGGAGCCCAGGUAUACCUUCCGGCUGCCACCGUGCACCUACACCUCCGCCAUUCUUGUGGUGCACGCUCUUGUCAGAGACUGCAGAGCAGGUGCGCUUGAGUGGUAUAGUUACGAUUUUUACGUAGCGCUCGCGACUUUUGUGCUGGAGAUUCUGUCCUGGUGUAUCGGCGCCGGAGUCCAGAUCAGCGUCAUGGGCUAUGUAAAACGUGAGUAUAAAUACGUGGAGAAGUGUCACGGCAUAUGCGUACAACUGCAAUGGAUGGUGGUCGGGGUCUUCCUCGCUGAGAUGUUCAAGGAGCUGCAGGAGACUCUGUCGAUGGCUGCGUGGCUCUAUGUGGCAGAAGAAAUCAAGUACCCAUCCGCCAACGCUGAGACGCCACCUCCGGCAGCCCCCUCCGACGACGAUUCGAGCGCGGAUUCGAGCCUAGGGCCACAGCUUUCCGACGAUAAAGCUGCAGGCGCUGAUGUUCUGCUGAAGCCGGUGAAGCUCUGGGGAGUUUUCGUCGUCGCGUGCAAGCUUCUCGUGGCUCUGUGGGUCGGCAUUGUGGGCAUCGGCAGUGCCGCGAAGCAGCUGGUCCAAGAUGUGAUCAUGGGCAUUGCAAAGCUCGUCGCGAUUGUCGGGAUCGCGCAUGCUGACGUGCUGGGCAUCAAUGCGGUGACCUUUGCCACAAGCGACAUGCGCGCCAGCUACGACUUCUACACAAAGUUGGGCAUGAACUGCACAUAUGGCGGCCCGAGCGCAGACUUCACCACCUUCGGCACUGGUGGGGGCCCUUCCGGCGGCGACAACCGCUACCAUGUGAACAUCUUUCGGUCUGCAAGCUACACACCGCCAUCGGGUGGAGCCUGGAAUGGGGUUGGCCGAAGCAUCUUCUACGUGUCGGACGUGGAUGGCUUCUAUGCCCAGAUCACUGUCGCAGGGCUGAAGACAGAGUUCCCACCGAGGGACGCAGAUUGGGGCGAGCGCUAUUUUCAGAUCCUGGACCCCAUGGGCAAUGAGCUGGCUUUCGCCGCCCCACUGAGUCGGCUCGUAGUUUAG